AUGGCGUCCUUCAGCUACCUGCUUCUUUUUCUAGCCGCCUUGUGCUCAAUGCUCCAAGCACGGUACCUCUUCAACGACAUGGAUGAGCAACAACAGUUGUGGAAAGCGGUGAAGCGAAAUCGGUUGUGCAUGUUGAACGCGGGACUCUCGCAAGGUUGCGACUUCUCCGACAUGAUAACCGCCCAGAAUCAGAAGAACAAGUUCAUGAGCUUCGCGAGUCCCGGCAGAAAAUAA